CGGACUCGGGUCGCCAUGACGACCGCCCCCUUUAACCCUCCCUCCCGGGACCGCGGUAACAUCGCGCAGUCCCCGCCCUCGGCUCCUCCCGCGGGCCGGUCUGAGGGUCCCCGGGCGAGCUCGCGGCUGCCCCGCCUUUUUUCCCGGGGCGGAGCUGGGCCGAGGCUGCGGCGGCGGGGCGGGGCCGCCGAGGAGGCCGAGGGGGCGGAGCCGGCCGGGGCCGCCGGAGUGACGGCCGCGGCCGACCGGGCUCGGCUCAGAGGGGAGCAGCAGCGCCAUGGCCCCGGUGGGGGCGGACCGAGUGGGCUACUGGGGCCCCACCACCUCCACCCUGGACUGGUGCGAGGAGAACUACGCCGUCUCCUUCUACGUGGCCGAGUUCUGUGGUCUUUGCCUUGCCAAGGCAAGUCCUUCCACGCACAGUUCACAGAGGCACAAGUGAUCCCAUGCCAUUGGAACACACUGAGUAACCUGAUUAUGAUUCUACCUCCAAUCUAUGGUGCCAUUCAGACAGUCAAAGAUGGAUUGGAAAAGCGAUACACAGCUUCCUAUUUGGCUAUUACAGUGGUAGGAUUGGGAUCGUGGUGCUUCCAUAUGACUCUGCAGUAUGAAAUGCAGCUAUUGGAUGAAUUACCUAUGAUCUACAGCUGUUGUAUAUUUGUCUACUGCAUGUUUGAAAGUUUCAAGACUAAGAACACAGUCAAUUAUCACCUGAUUUUUAUAUUAGUGCUAUUCAGCUUAAUAGUAACCACGGUUUACCUAAAAGUUAAAGAACCUAUAUUCCAUCAGGUCAUGUAUGGACUAUUGGUUUUUGCUCUAGUUCUGCGGUCUAUUUAUAUUGUUACAUGGGUAUAUCCAUGGCUUAGAGGACUGGGUUAUACAUCCUUAGGCAUAUUUUUAAUGGGAUUUUUCCUUUGGAAUGUAGACAACAUCUUUUGUGAUUCACUAAGGCGCUUUCGGACAAAAGUGCCACCUUUUGUGGGCGUUUUUACACAGUUACAUGCUUGGUGGCACAUUCUUACUGGCCUUGGCUCUUACCUUCAUGUCCUUUUCAGCUUAUACACAAGGACACUUUUCCUGCGGUACAGACCAAAGGUGAAGUUUCUCCUUGGAAUGUGGCCCACGAUCCUGGUGGAGCCGCCCAAGAAGGACAUAUGAGAAGAGGGCCCACAGAGAAGCUCAGCCACCCGCUGCUGGCCUGGUUACCUGGGGAGGAGAAUCCCAACACUCUCCAAGCUUCCAUAUUAAAUUAUGUACCAGCUCUUGUGGUGAAAAGCUGCGUCUCUGACCGUACCGCAGGGCCAGAAACGUGAGAAGGGCGCGCAGUGGGUCAUUCUCUCAUACUGUCUAGAAGAACCCCAUGUGGUGUUCAUGUACAUAUCCAAGUGCUGCAGAACUCGGGCUUCUUUCAUGAGUAUUCACUGGUUGUUGCCCAUCGGUCACUGCAGUGACCUUUCCCCCUUGGAUGUGGGCUGAAUCUGAUCUGUAACUUUUCUCUAUGAUUUUGAAUGAAUAUGUAAUUGGAUAAUGGACAUUGUUGGCUGGGGUGGAUCCAGACUAAGUGUCUAUCUUGCUGCUUAGUAGUGACUUACUGCUUAGCCACAUCAUUCGGAUACCUGUUGAAGGAAAUUUGGAAGGUUGUUGCCACGGGGAAAGGGCCCAGCCGCAGGGUGGUGGUCUGCUCUACUGGCUGAGCCAGGCGGUCGUGUCCCCUCUGCUGCCCCUGGGAGCCAGGCAUUCUGGCUCAGGCCCACCACUGGCCCUUCACAUCCCUCACUUACCUCUCAGCCCAGGCACUUGCCUGUACCUUUGGCCCGUACUGGGUCACAGAUUCAGCCUGUCACAGUUAGAUCACCACGGGGGCGCCCAUUAUCAUGUCACUUAGGCCACAAAUUGGCCAUCCGACAUUCCUCUAGUCAGUCCUCAAUCCCAGCAAUGUUGGGCAACCCCCGUGACCCUUGGGAAUGUGGUUUUAUCUUAUGGUCUGUUUUCAAGGAGCCAAUUCAUGGUACAGGGCAAGACAUUCUCUGUAUUCUCUGAGGAGGCUGUGCCAAACAAAGCCCGGUAAAUCAAGGUUGGAGCUGGAUAUUUGGGCUGUGACUUCUUACUCUUCUCGAGCUAAUUAAAGGUGUUGUUUCUAACAAGGAUUCACACACUGCCUCCAGCUCCUUCUAGUCUUUUGUAGAUCCCCUUAGCCUCCUGCUUGUGGUCUAAUCAAGCAUGGAGCAAGCUGCCUCUGCUCUGUCCAGUUGUAUUCUUGUGCUCACAUUAUUUUCAUCUCCAGAAAAUAUCAAUGAAUGACUUAUACUAACUUUUCAAACAUUCAGUAAUUAUAAAUUCUCUAAGAAACAUGACACUCCCAGUGAAGUUUGUAACCCCCAUAUGUCUGCUCCUCUUUGCAUCUGAGGGAAGUAGGCCAAAAGCUUGAGAACAGCCUCGGGCAGUUCUGAAUUCACCAGAAACUGAAGUCUCAGGCAGUCCUGCUCUAUUCUCAGACAGCUCAUUCUUCUAUGAGUUUGACUAUGUGAUGCCCAGAUUCAGCUGAAGGCUCACCGGGUGGCACCUUUGCCUAAAGGGGUGUUAGCAGAUGAAUGUUGUUAGCAUGCUUACUUCCUAGGUGGUAUUUCCUUUGUUAGCUCAAGCUGACAUUCCCAGAGAGAAUCUGUUCUAGUUCCUCUUAUAUGCAAUCUCACUGCUAAAGACCUUGACUAUUUUUACAGUAUUAAAUAAGUGACCUUAACACAAAUUUAAAAUAAACCUGUUUCAGGUUUUUUGGAAUUU